CGCAGAGACAGGCCGACUCUUCAGUGAUGGGAGAGGCUUCUCUUCCACCUGCCUGUGGGGACCAAUAGCAACACUUUCCAGUUAUUCGCGUUUUUUAAAGUGGUUAAAAUCAGAGAAAUAGACAACUGAGAAUUAUUCAGUUUCAUUUUAUACCAAUAAAGUUUAAGAAGCGUCGUUUUGUAACGUUCUGUAUCGGGAUCAUCCUGCAGAUUAAGCCUCCUUAAGCCAACAACUGCAAGCCUACCAAGACAUGACCAUUGACCUAAAGUGAAGGGCUGGUGAAGCAGAACAUUCAUCAGAAACCCCCCGAAGAAGAGACCCUUGGUACCUGUGGAGGAGCUGCAGCGAGUUAGAGUCCAGAGGGAAAUCAUCAUGUCAAGCUCCUCUGACACUCUGCACUUCAGCCUGCCCGCCCAUGGGGACUCCGUCCUGCACAAAAUGAAUGCUCUGAGAGAAGAACAUCGCUUCUGUGACAUCACACUCAUCCUCGGGAGCCUAAACACCUCUGCUAGCCAGCCUGUCCACUUCCACGGCCACAGGGUGGUACUUGCAGCAUCCUCUGACUUCCUCCGUGUUCAGUUCCUGCUCCAUAAAGACCAAGCAGAGAUGAGUGUGUCUGCAGUUUCCAGUGUGAGAGUCGCCAAGACGCUGCUGCUGUCCUGCUACACUGGAUUCCUCGAGGUACCUCAUGCAGAACUAGUCAGCUACCUGACUGCAGCCAGCAUCCUCCAGAUGAGCGAGGUGGUAGAUAAAUGCACUCAAGCUGUGUCGCAGUACCUUAAACCCACUGUGUUUUUGGAAAAACCUGAGAGACGCUCCAAGGAAACUGAAAACCUGGAGCCAGACAGAAGCUGGCUCUGUUCCAGUUUUGAAAAUCAGAGGGAAAAGGAUGUGGUCCAGCCCAGCACCAGCAUCCAGGAAGAUAAGACAAAAGGAGAGGGAGUGGUUCUUAGUAGGGCAAUGUAUAGGGUCAGCCAAGAAUCUGUGAUGCACAGUGAAAAGACAAGGGACACUAUAGUGGACAGGAAGUUUAUGAAACCUACAAUGGAGUCAUCAGGGGAUCAAACAUUAGAUCUUAACACCCUGAAGUCAGAGAGAGGUGUGGAAAACACCACAGCAACGCUCAAGAAUGAAGUUUUCCAAGACAUAAUUUCCUUCCCAGCUUUCACUGCAGAUCUCACAAAGCUGGUGGACAUCUCCCAAAUACAACAAGAAGAAGUAAGACAUGAGGAAAAACAAGAUAAAAACAUACAUGAACCUAAAGCUCCACAAGAACAUUGUGGCGGUCUGAUAGAUUCCAAAAUAUCUGCCCUCUCAGGAGCACACUUGGCAAAGACUGCUGAAGAUGUACUAGAGACUUCACACAGCACCUUAGUUCAGAGGCCGUACCUGUGCAGGAAGUGUGAUAAAAUCUUCCAACACCUGGAGAACUAUGUGGGCCACCUGAAGGAACACAGACAGUAUUCCUGUUUGGUCUGUGGGGAGGGCUUCUCCCAGAGGAGCAAACUGACCCGCCACAUACGUGUUCACCCUGACGCCAAGCCUUUCAGGUGCCCGCUGUGCCACGAAACGUUCAUCCAAAAGGGUUCGCUACAAGAACACCUCCACCUGCACACCAGACACAAAUAUAUUCUGAACCCAACAUGCAAAUCUGGUUUCAGAGGCCUAAAGAGAGAGAGAAAUGGUGAAAGUGGCCUGACAGAUAUGCUGGAGGAGGGUAGAGGAGCAAGUUAGAAUUAAAAUGUAAUUAUUGUUUGUGGUUUUUCUGGCUGCAUAUAUCUCCACUUUGGAAAACUGGGUGGGUUUCAAGAGAUGAUAUUACUUUUUUUUCCAAUGGCAAAAUAAAAAUUAAAAAAGUUAUAUUACAUGGGUUCCAAAUGUGAAAAACGUGUGUGUGGGCCUCAUACCUGUGAGGUUUUUUAGUGUCAGAUGGGAUGUUAUGGUUUGGUGUUUGACAGUUUUUUGUCUUCAUGCUUGAUAUCUUAGAAGAACAUCUUGCUCAUUCAAACUGCACGUUUCUUAGCUAGAAUGCAGAAAACUCAAUGACAAUUUGCACACCAUUCGAUUGUGCAUGUCGUGCUAAUAAAAACUUGAAGUCCUGA